AUGCCUAAGCGCGCGUCAGAGCGCGCGUCGGAGCGAGGCGGAAGGAAAUCGCCUGAAGCGUUCAUCUAUUUAGCAGGUUGCACGUUUAGCGCCGCGAGGCGUGGAGAGGCGUGGCGAAGCGUGGCAACGUGUGGCGAGGCGGACGAAGGGCCGCUGUUCUGCAAGCGGCUGCGAGAGGAAGAAGAUGACCAAGCGUGUUUUUUAAGGGUUCGUUGGCAAUGA